UGUUAUCAACGAGUACCGUCUGAGAUGCAGAGCUGUGUGAAUUGAUUUCGACGCAUGGAGAAUUGUUAAUUCUAGUCGUUUGCCCUCUUAAAAUGAACGCACCGGGGGCUACUACACCUACAAAACGACUGGUCCAGUAUAUUAUCGUAAGGUCGGAUUUGGUCCAGAAGUUGGAGUGGCCCCUGGGAGCAGUUAUAACCCAAGCCUGCCAUGCGGCUACUGCUGUUAUUCACCUCAACUACAGUGACGCAGACACGCAGGAGUAUCUGGCAGAAACAGACAGCAUGCACAAAGUAGUUCUUCAGGCUCCGGACCAGGCUUCUCUCUCCAACUUAUCAGAGACGCUAACAGAGAAAGGUGUGGCUCACAAACUGUGGAUUGAACAACCAGAGAACAUACCUACCUGUCUGGCCCUGAAGCCAUAUCCCAAAGAAACGGUUCAUCCACUGUUACGGAAGUUUAAACUUUUUAAAUGACUGUGGCUCAGCCCUGCAAAAAGAUGAUGAUAUCCUUCAUUUCAAAGCAUCAAAGUCAACAAGGCCGCACUUGUUGAGUUUUAUUACCUUCUCUUGAAAGCAUUUGAACCGUGAAAUGGAUAACUUGUGUCACAUCAAGACACAAUAAACUGUAACCUAUGCUAAGCAUGUAUAAUAAACUACAUGCUAAACACAUGACAACAUACAAUAAACAUUUAUAUAUUAAACAUUAGA